CUUCACCAAAUUUAACUUUUUGGGGGGGAAUUCCCACAUUGAAAGAAGAAAACACCCAGAUUCGAUUUCUGCGCAGUUCUACUUUGUCUACCAUCAUGUUUAAUCCCGUCGUCUUUGUUUGCUCCGUUUUCUCGUGCUCUUUGAGUAUUUACGCAAAAACUGACGUACCGCUAAUCAGCGAAUAUUUCGGCGCCAGGAGGAGCUACGAGGAAGUGAACCCACAUCUGUUAGAGGACAUUCUUUCUGUAAACACGUCGAUUCUGCAGCCCAAGUCUCCUCAGUGUCGACAGAUCCACCUGACGGCUAUAAUCCGACAUGGAACCAGAUACCCGACGACCAAAAGCGUGGAGAAGAUGCAGGAGAUCCACCAGCUGGUCCUGCGCAACACUUCUGGUAACUCCAGCUGGCUACAUGAGAUCCAGACCCUGUGGAGCAUGUGGUACACUGUGGACAUGGAUGGAAAACUGGUCCAGAAAGGAGUGCGUGAUCUCAAGCAUUUGGCUGUCAGGUUGUCCAAACUGUUCCCCUCCCUGAUCUCUGAGGAGAAGCUGAGAGGUGGACUCAUCAAAUUCAUAACCAGCUCCAAGCACAGGUGUGUCAACAGCACUUUGGCCUUCAAGGCAGGACUGACCCAACUGUGGGCUAUUGAAGAUGAGGAGUUUGAGCAUGCGGUGAAUGACACUCUGAUGAGGUUUUUUGACCGGUGCGCCAGAUUCCUGCAGGAUGUUGAUAAAAAUCCGGCAGCUGUAGCAGAGGUCAACAAGUUCAAGACGGGGCCAGAAAUGAAGAGAGUCCAGGAGAAGAUUGCACACCAUCUGGGAGUGUUGCAAACCCUCAUCACAUACGAUAUGGCCAAAGCUGCAUUUGACUUGUGUGCGUAUGAGUUUGCCAUCAAAUCUGUGAGCUCUCCCUGGUGCCAUUUCUUCGACAAAGACGAUGCACAGAUUAUGGAGUAUGCAAGUGACCUGCUGGAGUUCUGGAAAAGAGGUUAUGGAUACGACAUUAACAGCAAAGUGAGCUGCAUCCUCUUCCAUGAUGUGUUCAGUCGUCUGGACAAGGUAGCCGAUGAGGACAAGUCUGGUCAGCCGGUGACAGAAGCCGUGACAGUCCAGAUCGGCCACGCGGACACCCUCCUUCCACUUCUUACCCUCCUCGGCUUCUUCAAGGACAGCGAGCCUUUAACAUCUACCAACUACGCCACACAGAGGGAGCGCACAUUCCGCCUCAGCCGCAUGUUACCCUACGCGGCAAACUUCAUCCUGGUCCUGUAUGACUGCGGGGACGGCGACCUGAGACUUCAGCCGCUGCUCAAUGAGAAACCUGUGACUUUCCCCGGGAUGGCUGACCAGCAUGCCUCCAUGCCUGAGUAUCUGCACGUCAGGCAGCACUACAGAGCUCUGCUUUCAGGCUGUGACUUUGAAACGGAGUGUCAGCUGUUUUCACAUCCAUCUGAAGAUUAGAUCAGGAAGUCAGGCUUUGUUGUGUUUUUUUCAGCAGGAUAGAAUAUGCUUUGGAUGAUCUUCACUUACAUUCUUUGUUCUUCAUUCUGUAUUCUUUGUUAUUCCAAAUAACCAGAAACUAUAACUCAGUAAAUCAGUUGUUCCCAACCUUUACUCCUUGCUGAACGUGCCGAUCAGUUUGUCGCUUCUCCAAUACACUUUUAUAGGAAUCACUUUUAUUAAUUGCUCCAUUUACAAAUAAACUUGAACUAAAUGUGGAUUCUUUUUCCUUGAGUGUUGCUUUACUUCUUGCAGUUCAGGUGGUUUGACGGGAAGGCUGCUUUUCAGUAAAGUUCUACAUUUAUGAGAACUCAAAAUACAAAUUUGGGUAC